ACUCAAGAGUGGUAGAGUUGCGCAUGGAUCUGGAUUUUAUCCUUCACGCUCUUACUCCCUCCUGCAACUCCGUUGCAUUACUGGCCGGGUUCUUCACUUACUUAGCCAUUGCUGGAUCCAUUCUCCCUGGAAAACUCGUUCCUGGGGUUCCUUUACCCGAUGCAACUCGUCUUCACUAUCGCUGCAAUGGUUUGCUUUCGCUUCUUGUGUUGGUUGCACUUCUUGGGAUCAGUACCAAGAUGGGUUUUGUAUCUCCUACUGCUAUAUCAGACAGAGGACUUGAGCUGCUGUGCACAACUUUUAUCUUCAGUUUUCUUGUGACCCUGGUACUCUGUUUUUCCGGUUGCAAAUCACGUAGUAAAGGUUCAUCACUAAAACCUCAUAUCAGUGGAAACCUGAUACAUGAUUGGUGGUUUGGGAUACAACUAAAUCCCCAGUUCAUGGGUAUUGACCUCAAAUUUUUCUUUGUUAGAGCUGGAAUGAUGGGGUGGCUACUUAUCAAUCUAUCAGUUCUUAUGAAGAGCAUUCUAAAUGGUUCUCUGAGCAAGUCAAUGAUUCUCUAUCAGCUAUUCUGUGCACUAUAUGUCCUGGACUAUUUUGUACAUGAAGAGUACAUGACAUCCACAUGGGACAUAAUUGCAGAGAGACUGGGCUUCAUGUUGGUUUUUGGAGAUUUAGUGUGGAUUCCUUUCACUUUUAGCAUACAGGGCUGGUGGUUAUUGAGGAACAAGGUGGAGUUAACUACAGCUGCUGCUGUUGCUAAUUGCUUUGUUUUCCUGAUUGGAUACAUGGUAUUCCGAGGAGCAAACAAGCAAAAACACAUUUUCAAAAAGAAUCCUAAGGCCCCUUUAUGGGGUAAGCCUCCAAUAGUCAUUGGAGGCAAGCUACUUGCUUCUGGUUAUUGGGGUGUUGCUAGACACUGUAAUUACUUGGGGGACUUGCUUCUUGCUCUCUCCUUUAGCUUACCUUGUGGAAUAAGUUCACCACUUCCAUACUUCUAUCCAAUUUAUCUUCUUAUUCUAUUAAUCUGGAGAGAGAGAAGGGAUGAAGCACGUUGUGCAGAGAAGUAUAGAGAGAUAUGGGCCGAGUAUCGUAGACUUGUGCCAUGGAGAAUAUUGCCUUAUGUUUAUUAG